GUGCCACCAGGAUCGGAUGCCUGUCGACUAUGUUUAUGUGACAAUGGCCACCCAAAGGCUUGCAAAGCAGUGCUUUGCAGACCACCGAACGAUUGCAAAUCCUUUCAGAUUGGUAGUUCCUGCUGUGAGUUCAUCUGUUUGGAUGACACAAUAGGCAAUUCGGCAGAUAAAAACUACGAUGUCGGCAUGUGACUAGUAGCUACUGGAGUGAUCGUUACCUUUUCGUUAACCCUGCUUUUCUUCGUUAUCAGUCGCUUAAGACAUCGUAAAAGUCGUGCUCAAGAAGGGCGCGAAGUCAUCGAUGAUCCUAACCAACGCAAUUUGGUGAACAACGUGGGUUAUAUGGGAGGCAGUAUAGGUUAUCUCGGUGGAGGAACGAUGAACAUGGAUUAUUCAUAUGUAGACCAUGCUGUCGCUCCACACUACCAACUUUGGAAACCUCCUGGAGCGUAUUAUACGAGGGGAGAAGCUCCACCUCCUUAUGAAGAGGCCAUAGCCAUUGCUCACGCUGAAUCGUUAAGUUCGUGUACUGUAAGCGUCGCUACAUCAACAGGAAGAAAUUUUCCACUCGGAGUUGUGCAAGAUUCCGAUGCUAUGUCAAACAUUACGGCAAAUACUACGAAUUUAAUAAGUAUUAAUAUUAACGGAGGGGGGUCUGCCGCAAAUGUUACUGAGAUCGGUAGUGGGGAUAGCAGCAUGGGGGCUCGCAGUGUGGCCACUAUUACUAACGAAGACCCACCAUUUGUAACCUCCGCCAGUAACCGUGUUAGUGGUAUUAAUGGACGUUCAAACGUUUUAAACGGAGAAAAUAGGCAUAGUAACGAGACAAACGAUGACACAGCUAUGACAAUUUACAAUCAUCAAGUAUCGAAUAUUUUACACCAGAACGAUGUAAUCGAUGUUAACGCUGGGAGUCUCUGUGAAAAUGUAAAUUUAAGUAGUAAUCACCAUUGCACCGGAAGCAACACGAUUGCUUUCAGUAGCGUGGGGUCAGAUCUAUGCAUGAACUCUAGCUGCGAGUUGAAUAUUAAUGCCCAUCAGUGCAACUUAACGCAUCCUCAAGCCGCUGUUGCAGCCGUUAACGUCACUUCCGUGGAAUUUGGCGAUGCAGGAGUACAUAGAGUAGCUCCGAAAGAGGACCAUUGUUCUACCAUGUUUAAUAAUCCAAACCGUCUGUCGGAUGGUGUCGAAAAAUUUGUUGAUGCAAGUCAUCAUCGUCAUUGUCAGCAAACGGGCACUGGAAACUGUGGAGACGAAUGCGCACAAUUACCAAUUUCUUCUCAAUCUCCUAUAUCACAGUCAUUGAUACAAUCCGUCCCGGUACCAGCAAUGUUCAACGAUGAUAUGAUAAACGACGGCAAGUUUAGCAACUAUUCGGAAAAAUCCACUGAUGUUAUCAAAAACCGAUUAACGGGGAAAAAAUACCAUCGCACUAUUCCUCGUCAUUUUUCUGUUGUUGAUCCUAUAAUAAAUCCAAUCAAAUCAAACUUCAUGGCAGCAGGGACAGCAGCCACUGCCACUACUCCUUCCGAUUCUUCAGCAUCAUUCACUGUAUUGCAGCAGGAUCAUAUAUUGGGAGAUAUAAGAGAUAAGCAAAGUUUGCAACGCACUUCUACGCAAGGAGCGGGAGGCGUAACAACAUCGCCAAACAUAAUGUUGACCUCAGUAAAUGGAAAUACAACAGUAGCAAACCGGAAGGUUUGUCAAUGUCCAAUACAGCAUAAAACAGUGUCGGGUUAUCAGUCAACAACUGCUGGAAGAUCCUCGGUUCUAUCAUCAGUUCCAAGCGAUGAUAGCUACCGUAGCCUACGUACAACAUCAGCCGAUAUCAGUCUGCACAAUCGGGGCGAUACUAGCAACAAGCAAACAACAGGCUAUAGUAACCUGGUCAUAGUUGCGAGCAAAAGAAACAAUGGAUUAGGAACGUUGAGAGAAAGUUAUGGUACGGAAAGAACUGCACUAAAGAGAGGUAGCGAUAUGGGGCUAAUGAAUCAGCGGUAUCAUGAAAAGGAGCAACGUAAAACGGCUUUGACGUUUACUGACGCUACCGUAGGUACUGGAGUCAACAGGGUUAAGGCUAAGCAACAAAUUAAUUAUCAACAUCGUCCACACUUAAACCACAGCUCACACAGCGUUGCAUCUGAACGCAAGGUGAAUACUCAUUUGCCAUUGGAUGAUCUAGCGUCUACACGCUUGACAACCAGACCGGGAAUAGAAGGUGAAGAUCGGUCCCAUUCUAUUCUCAAAAAGCCUUCGUUAAAUACAAACGCAGAAAAUGAAGCGAACAGUGGUUUGCAUAAUCCCAUUUUACCCCCGAAGGCUAAAAAACAACAGCAGCAGCAUUCACAGUCACAUCAAAAUCAAGCAUAUAAUAAAAACAUAGCUGCUGGAAAUCAACAUCAACUGCGCGAAGGAAGUUUAGUGCAUCAGAAAUUAAUGUCCCUUCCAGAAAAGUCUAAUGAUGUUAACAAUGGAGGUGGAAACAAAUUGCGGGAACUUCGAAAGUCGCCAGUCCACGUUAACUACGAUACAGGUGGUGUGCUAAAGGUGUGCAAUAGCAAUGUUUUGACCAGUGGAUUUUCAAAUUCUCUACCCAGACACUCGUUUACAGCAGCACGAAAUUAUGAAAAGAAGCAGCGCAAUGAUAAUUUGUCAUCGUAUAAUUUCGGUAAGGGUUCCAAGUAUACCAGGUCCGAUGGGGCUGAUAGUGGGUACGAUAGUAAUACGCUGCCGAAAAAUAUUCCUAACCACAAUGGACGUAAAACAAGCCUAGUAACGGAAGCGGUAAACCACAUUCCCCCUAUUAUUAAUAUUCCAGUUACAUCACACAGUGCUAUGGCUUUUGGAAGAAAUGCAAAUUCCAACAAUCUAAGCAUAAAUACCAUGAACUGCUCCAAUAGUGCAACCGCUACAGUAGUAGGAAGCAGCAACCAUCCGUCAGUUUUACACGGUUCGACGGAAGGUGCGCUAGAACUCACUGUAACGAGCACCACCAGAAAUGGUGUUACCGGUGAUGGUGAUGAUGGAGGGACCAACAGCAAUUCAUCCAAACAGCCGAUUCUUCUGCCAUUGCCCGUGUUGAUGACGACUAUCACAAAUUGUGCCAAUCCGCGGGAACACAUCCUACCGAACGACAACAGUCUCGAUGAGGACUAUUUAAGCGAGUGCGAAAAUUGCAAAUCUUCCGCUAACAACAUGCGCUACUAUCUCGAUUUAGAAGAUGGUAGUAAAACUUGUGCUCCCAUACAGGAAACAAUGACAUUGCAAAGGAAAAUGCCAGACGUUGCAGAGGAGGAACAACAAAAUUAUUAUCGUGUAUCUUCGACAUUACCGACAAAUACCAGUAAACGAAAUGUACCGGUUGUCAACAAGGAUCGAGUAGCAUGGUUUUCUACUAUACCAGCUAGUUCGUCGUCGGAAGAUGAAGAAGCUUGUGAAUAA